AUGGACACCCAGUAUGUCCUAUGCAGUUGGAAAGGCCGCUUGUGGCCAGCCAAGGUUUUGUCCAGAUCUUGGACUUUGCCGAAAUAUAAGAGGAGAAGGGUGCUUUCUCUCCAAGUCCAGAUCCUCUCUGAAGACCAAAAAUUGAGAGUGAAGGGCAAAGACGCAAGGGCCCUGAACAAGUUGGAAAUCGAAGCCCUGGCCACCUCAGCCCGGGCAUGGUCCAGGGCCACUGUGCCAUCGGGGGAGAAAAGAAGGUACAGAAGAGCCCUUAGAGUGGCGCUGGAGAUUCUGACUGAGAAAGCCCACUUGGAUCAAGGAAGAAAACCCGAGGAGCCAGGGACCCCUAAGGUGCCUGCAGAGGUACUCCAAAAGCCAGCCAGCUGGCGACCUCGCAGAAAGUAUCAGGGGCGCAAAGGGCACUUCUGGACUAAGAAAAGGGGACAACGGGGAUCCCUGUGCGUGCAUUCAGAGAAGGAGAACGACCUGCAUGGCGAGAACUCCCAGGUGCACACAGCCAUCCGCCUGUCUCCAGCUGAAAAGCAAGCAGAGGCAUCACAAGGCGCCCACGAGCGUCCAGAUUUCCUGCCUCCUUGUGGAGGUGACCUCCAGGAAGAGGGGGCAGAAGAAGCAGGCCCCUUCGCACGUUCCCCCACCGCGGGGGAGGAUGCCUGUGCUAAAGACGAAAAGCCAGCUUGGUCGCCUCCAGCAAGACUCUUUGCAGCUGUGCCCAAAGCUGAGCACCAAGAGGCGGGGGACACCUGCCCAGAGACCCCGGCUACUUCCCAGGAGAGCACUGCCUUCGCAGAGAAUGCAGAGGGCCCAGGCGAGGGUGCCUUGGAAGGGAUGGCAGCAUCCUCCACCUGCUCCACCCCGAGCCUGCAUCGCUCCCUCGGUUUCGCCCACAGGAAAAGGAAGCUCGAGGCGCCAGACCCCAAGAAAGGACUGCGGGGGCGCCCACGCCCUGUGCGCUCCCAGACGAUGAGGGACGCCAGGGCCAGCACCAUAAGGGCUGGCGAUCGACCAGCACGAGGAGCCGCAGCAGGGCCUUCGGCACGCGAGCCCUGCCCUAUCAAAAGAGGGACGAUGGUCUGGUUCAAGUUUCAGGAUCAUCCGUUUUGGCCGGCAGUGGUCAAGAGCGUGUGCAAAACCCAGAAGACGGCCCGGGUGCUGUUGAUUGAGGCGAACCUGCGCGGGGAACGCAGUGGCAUUCGGGUCCCUCUGCACAGGCUGAAGCACCUGGAUUGUGAGGAGAAGGAGAAACUCCUGAAGAGAGCCAGCAAGGCGUACCGGCAGAGUGUGAACUGGUGCUUGUCGCUCAUUGCCCACUACCGAGAGCGGGUCGGUCGGGGCUCUUUCGUGGGCUCCUUCCUGGACUACUACGCGGCCGACGCCAGCUACCCCAUGCGCAAAGCCAUCCAAGACGGGGACCUGAACGUCAAUUUUCCAAAGGUGAAUUAUGCCGACCUGGAAGAUUCCGAGGAGGAGACCUCGGUGGGCGUGGGCGGCAAGAGGCCCUGCAAGAAGCUGCUCCCCGACCGCAUGAAGGCCGCUUGGGACCGAGCCAACCAGAAGCUGGUGGACUUCAUCGUGAAGAAGAAGGGGGUCGACCACCAUCUGCUGGACAUCGUGAAGGGCAGGAAGCAGUCCCGGUGGCUGACGUCCUUUCUGAGUGAAAACCGGUACGUGUUCUGCAUCGAGACGUACCUGGAGGACGAGGAUCAGCUGGACGUCGUCGUCAAGCAUCUGCAAGAGAUCUACGAGCAAGCGGACAAGGCCUUGCUCGCUCUCAUCAGAGAUGACAAAGUGAGAUUUCUUGUGGAAGUCCUGCUGCCAGAAGCGAUCAUUUGUUCAAUCGCUGCGCUGGAUGAACUCGACUACAAGGGAGCAGAAGAGAAGUACCUGCGAGGGCCACCCGUGCAUCCACGGGAGAAGGAACUGUUUGACAAAGACAUCUUGAAGCAGAUGAGGAAGACAUCCAGGAGAGGCAGAAAGGUGGUCAGGUCUCUUCCCCAGCCCUGUACCUCCGCAGGGGCCUCCUCCUCUCCCCAACCCAUCAGGCCGCCCAUCUGUGUGAAAGGAGGCGCCUCACCCCCUCCCUAG